GGGGACCACACGUGGGCCACCAUGUUGGGUCAGAGCGUUCGUCUGCAGCCGGUUCCGAUCCAGAGUCUGUCGGAGCUGGAGAGAGCCCGGCUGCAGGAAGUGGCUCUGUAUCACCUGGAGGAAAGGGACCUGGAAUUCAAGAUCAGCAUCCCCAAAGAAAUACACAAACGGAGGAAAUCUCUACGCAGGAAGUUCGACUCCUUUUCGAAGGAGAAGAAAGAGCGAGAGUCGGCCCCCAAGGCGUUUGGGAUCCCUCUCUCCCAGGUCAUCGCUAACGACCGGGCCUAUAAGCUGCGUCAGGACGCCCUGAAGGAGAGCCGGAGGGACUGUCUGGACCUCGAGGCCUCGGUGCUGCGCUUCAGAGCCGAGAAGAGGCAGUUCUUCAACGGGAGCAAGCCGCCGGUCGGCCCCUCGUCUCUCACAGUGGGGGGUCUCUGCUCUCCGUACGCUAACUCCGUGGCGCCGCUUUCUGAGACCCAGAAGAGCCCGCUGUCGCCCACGUUUCUGGAUAACACCGGGCGAGGACAGAGGAGGGGCGGGCUGUCGGUGGACUCGAUCUCCGACCUGGUGGAGAGUCAGUCUCGCCUGCUGGAGGCGCUGCAGCUGUCCCACCCCGCAGAGCUGGAGCUGAAGAAGGAGGGCUCCUCUAAAGGGCGAACCAGAACCAGAACCCAGAACAAGCUCAGCCUGAACCCCGUCUACAGGCAGGUUCCCCGGGUGCUGGAGCGCUGCUGCAGACACAUCCAGAACCACGGUCUUCAGACGGUGGGAAUUUUCCGAGUAGGAAGCUCUAAGAAGAGAGUGAGACAGCUGCUGGAGGACUUCGACCGGGGGGUGGACGUUCAGCUGGACGAGGAGCACAGCGUCCACGAUGUGGCGGCGCUGCUCAAAGAAUUCCUCCGAGAUAUUCCCGAUCCUCUGCUGUCCAGAGAGCUGUACCCCGCCUUCCUGCACGCCACCUUGCUCCGGGGCUCAGACCAGCUCCUCUUCCUGCAGCUCCUCCUCUACCUGCUGCCUCCCUGUAACUGUGACACUCUGCUGCGCCUCCUCAGCCUCCUACACACCGUGCAGAGCUACGCCCAGGACAGCGUCGGGACCAACGACGAGGAGAUCCCCGGGAACAAGAUGACGGCGGCGAACCUGGCGGUGAUCUUCGGUCCCAACCUGCUUCAGAAGGAGAGAGGAGGAGAGUCCAGUCCGCUGUCCAUGGGCAUCGAGGACAGCUCCGCCAUCAUCAGCGUCACCCUGCUGCUGAUCCAGAACCACCGCAGGCUCUUCAUGGUUUCUGCAGAGCUGCAGCAGGAAGUCCUGAUGAGUCUAAUCCAGACGGACCCCGACAUCAUCGACUAUCUGCUGCGGCGGAAACUCAGCGGCAGUCCCCUGGAGGAGGAGAGUGAGUCGGGGGGGCGUCGGGACACGGUGGCGUCUCUGGACUCCAGUGAGAGUCUGUCCCCCCUCGAGCCGCCCUCCCCCCUCUUCCCCCCCGACGGGAACGGGGGAGAGGGGAGUCUCUCCAGCGAGGUGUUCCUCAACGUGCUGAAGCUGAACCAGAACAGGAAGCGACAGGAACCCAGAUACGGUGAAGCUCCGUCUCAUAAAUCCAUCUGCCACAUGCGUCAGUUCCACUCCCACCACAACCUGCUCAGCCUGGCCCAGUCCUCGCUCUCCACCACCUCCUCCCCCCAGGACCUGGACCCCCUGCUGGACUCGGCUCUGAGCUUCAGCUGCUCCAGCCUCAGUGGAUCCUCAGAGAGCAGCAUCUGGGUGAGACAGACCCCCCAGGAAGACGAGGGGAAACCGUCUCCAGCGUCCAACUUCUGGGACUUUUUCACCGGGAAAGGGUCCGGCUCAGAGACCAUGGUGUGAUGAUGAGGAAGGAAGAAGAGGAAUGUUUCUGAUGGUGUCCAAACUGUUUCAAAUCAAACACGUACUGACUGGAUUUUAAUUUAAUCAUCUCGUCUGUUUUUUGUGUUUCUUUGAGAGUUUGAUGUUUCAACAAGGCAGGAUUUUAAAUGUUCUGCAUAUAUAUAUAUAUAUAUAAAUAGCCUACUUUUUUUAAAUGUUUUCGACAUACUAUACUAUUUUUAAUUUUUCAGCAUACUUUACUGUCAUUUUGAAGAAAAAAAGUCACACCUUCUCAUUCGGUUUGUAUUUAUUUGAUACGUUGUAGAUGAAUACUGAACACGUCAAAACUAAAAAAGAACACAUGGAAUUAUCUAGUAAACAAAAAAGUGUUAAAAAAAUCCAGAAUAUGAUUUUUAUUUUAGAUUCUUCAAAUUGAAAUAAACAAAGACCGUUGAAUGAGAAGGAGUGUCCAAAGUUUUGACGUCAUAGUAUGUUGAAAAUAUUAAAACGUCAUAGUAUAGUACACAGUGGCGGACUGGUCAUCGGGACGUUCGGGACGAAGCCCGAUGCUGUAGUGGGCCGGUCGGAUAAGUCACUAGCACCCCCUUGUUGAAACAUCAAACACUUCUAGAAUCACAACAAAACAGACGAGAUGAAUCUCUUAAAAUCCAGUACGUGUUUAAUUUGAAACACUUUGGACACCAGCAAAUGAAGGAAGAGAAAGAGUGUGUGUGUUUUUGUAUUCUUCUAGAGAUCAGACAAUGUGGGAAAUGUACUGUUACGUUAAAACGACACACUACUAUUGUUAAAAACACAAGUUAGGUGUAUUUCUCGGAUUAAAAACAUGGUAAAAUGUACAUUAUGUGGGAUAUUGGGCUAUAUCAAUUGAUUCAUUGAUUGAUUUCUAAGUGUAAAUACAUGUUAAAAUGAACACUGCCAGCAUACAUCUUGAAUCCUAAAUGUCCUACUUGAACAUUUGACUUUUAAGGGGCAUGCUGUUGAAGAUAUACUCAUUUGAAGUUAGAUGUCCCUGUUCUCUGGCAUCUGGAACAUCUCUGGAUGCAUUUAUGGGAAAUGUCACAAGAAAUGUUGAUUUGUGUCAGAAAACGAUGGAAACGUUUAAGUGCAACUCUCUUAGAGGCUUGAGUACACGCAGGUAAAGAGACUAUAUGAAGGUGGAUGCAGUUUUGCUGUGUAUAUAAUAUGUACAUGAUAUAUUCAGAAUUUGACACACACACACUCCUUGUCUUUACUACGUAGAACUGCAUGAAUGUGAGUAUCUGCAUGGACUCUACUAUCAACCCUUGUUUGUCUAUACUCCAGACAUUUAUAGAUUCACUGUAAAUAUAUGUUAUAACUCAUAUCAGCAGGAAGUCAAAACACCUGAUCACAUCUCAACCAGAACAUUUCAUAACUCAUUUUGAUUGAAGAUAUUCAACGUUUUGGUUCAAUCACACACCGUGUAAAAGAUCAUAUGUUAAGAUGGAAAACUCAAGCAUACUUGCCAACCCUCCCGAUUUCCGCGGGAGACUGCCGAUUGCAUUACCCUCUCCCGGUUUCCUCCCGGGGUCACAUUUCUCCCGAUUUCUGACUAAAUCAGAUUUACUCACGACUGUUUCCACUCGGACUUUGAUACAGCUACACCAUUGUUUGGUUUCCAUGGUAGCGCGUCGCUUUAGUAGCGCGCGCAACUCAAAAUAUGAGAGGGUGAGGAAGAUAGUCGACAACUCGACCCUCUGCUCACUCCUUUCCUGUCGAGUACAGGUCCAGCCCACACAUAUGCUCCAUCAAGGAUGUGCUACAGGCCGCAAGGCAGUGCACUUACAACUACAAUAAGCAUGUUAAUGUUAAUCUACAGCUCCGGCGAUCCACCAGCACCAGCAUCCCCCCCCCAAGUAUGCAUCUGAUCCAUGUUGUUUUAAAGACAAUGUAUAUAUUUCUAUGUAACGCAGAACCUCUGUGGACAUUAUGGCUAUAUUUCUUUAAAAAGAAUGACGUAUUUUCACCUGAAUCCGACCCAUUUGAGAUGAAUGUUGUGGCAUUAUUGUCUGUUUUUAAUCAGGGUGUUCAUACAGGAGUUUCCUUCCUUUAACCACAGGAGGGCGACCUUCACCUCUAAACCUCUUCCUGCUUUCCCGACAGAAGCAUAUCAUGUUGGCCAAAUGUAUAGAUAUGUUUAAGGUUAGGAUCGUGUACAUAUGUUUGUUUCCGGCCUCUUAGUAGAAACCUUGUUUGUACAGAGAUGUAUCUACAUGGCAUCGUUGUAUUUCGUCACCCCAAACGUCCGCAGGUGAAUGUUUUGUCUUAAUUUUUUUAUUACUUCUGGAGAAAACAAGAUGUGUUUUGUAAAUGAAAAGUGUUUUCAAAGCCUGAACCUGAAAAUGUACCGACUUUCCGCAGAGAAUAAAUGUCAAUCUGCCUC